UGGUGGCACCUCAGAUGCCAGCACACAUUGCUGUGUGCGCUAUGAGAAAACACAAUAAAGUCAAGUCUAUUUAUUCUGUAUUUUGGUUGUUUGGAAGUAGAUAAACAUCAGCUGCACGAGUGCAUCACAGAGAUCUGACGGCUUCUGUUCGAAGACAAACACAAAAGUGUGUUUGUGUUAUUAUAUGUGAGGGAAAAUAGUUCUAAGCAGUAAUCGAAGGGAUUGGGGCAGCUUAUUUUAACAAUGACCCCUGUGUUAGUCCUGUUUAAAUCCACUUAGGUUUAGCCAUAACGUGAGUGUUUCAUGAGCAUCACACCACAGAGGUGUAGGAAAAACAAACAUCUUCAAGCUUGAAGCCUUGAGGUUGUUAAAAUCAGCCUUUUUCUGAUUGACCGACAGCAUCAGUUCGUUCCAACUCUUUCAACGCUGCCGCUUUUUCCUGCAAUUUUCUUCUCAAAAGGAAACACAUUCGAUGAUUUCUGCAUCAUUGUCUAUAAAUUUCACAGCACUGGAGUUCAAGGUUUGCUCUUCUGGUUUGAAGAAUGGGUUUAAGUUUGUAAUGAGCUCCCCGGCUGCUUGUUAUCACUCGUCAUGCAGAUCAGUGUGCUUUAAAAAGAAAAACUACAGGUGGGGGUUCCUUCACUCUUCUUUUAUCAGUAAAACAACAACAACUGGCUCGCUGCACCUGCAGUUGCAGAAACAGAUAGAUUACUGGGUGAUUCCGUUGCAGAAUUACAUUUCCUAUUAACAUGCUUCUUUUCAGUCUAAUACGACCUGAAUUUGCAUUUUCAGUACAGCACUGCCUGGAAGAUUUUGCUGGUAGGUGACUGACUCAUAUCACCAGGCCAGUAAUUGGAAAUGUGGCAUAUGUAAAUUUAAUCCGAUCAAGUCAACUUGGCUCUCAUUUCAAAUCUAAAGUAACACCUCAAAAAAUAACUUUCACAGCUAUCAAAACCAGCAAGAGAUAAAGUUAAGAAGUACAAAACUCAGCAAAAACCUUAUUUACGGUAGGUGUUAUUAAAAGCAGGCUUUAGCUUUUAACAAAAAUAAUACAUUUUGUUGAUGAAUUACAGUUAUUUUUAUACUUAGUCCCCUAUUUUUAUGUGUAAAAGAAAAAUCUGAUUUAAAAGCAGCCUGUGUGGACUUUCAUCGGUUCUUUAUAAAUUAAGCAAGUAAAAUAUGACCUGUAUUUACACCAUAACAUGGGGUCAAUGGAGCCGGUAAUGCAAGUGAAACAGGCUGCAAAAGCAAAACCAUCCCUACUUCCACCAUCAGAGGUGGAGCUUCAACUUUACAAGUAGAAAAAAAAAAUUUGAUAAAAUUAAAAAUACAUUUUAUUGGGAUUUUUUUUUUUAAUAUUUUGUGCUUGGCAACACAAAAAAAGACUAGAAGACCACAGAGACAGCAAGGGUGGAUGAUCUCAGGAAGAAAACAAGAGGCGACCACUACACUGGAAUAAGCCCGAUCUUUAUCCGAACUUUAUGAUCUGAAACGAUAUCCUCUGGAAAGCACAGCGGAAAGAGCGUGAUGGCAUGAACACGCAUACCUUCCAAAGGCAUUGGUCACAAGUGUUAUUGAUGAUGACAGGAGACAGGAGCAGCCUGCUGAAUUAGUGUCGAACCAACCCAGGAGCUUUUCUGCAGUGUCUACGGCCCCACUCACACGGGCCUGGAGACUGCUCGGUGACCCCCUGACAAUCACCUGGUCGCUGGGUAAAAAUGCCUUUGCCAUUGUGGUUGCUGGUGAAAUUGGUCACAAAGAGUGCGCUGCACCAAAAACAUUCUUGUAAUUGCACCGAGGUUUUUGGUACAGCUGUGUAAACUUCAUGAAAACCGAUUUCAGCUAGCCAGUUUGCUGGCAGCCUGCAGCAGCCACUCAGAAAAUAACCUGUGGUUGGCAGGGAGUCACUGACAACUCUCUAGACCUACUCGACUGUGGAUUUAACAGUCAAUUUCAAAUUGACUGCCAUCACCUCGCCAACUGGUCGGGUAAUAGCCAUGUUUGCCUAGCAACCAGUGGUUGCCAACCGGUUUCUAGACCUGUGUGAUUCAGGCCAAUAUCAGUCAUUUGUUCUCAACCCAGCUGGGCUGCAUUUCACUGAAGACAAGGCUAAAGGCCAGUAACCGCGUUUCACAGUUGUAUUUAUACCCGCCGUUACACGCAGGAAGCCGCCCCAGUAUUGUCCUCAACUAUAGAUGUCGCCACUCAGACAAUAUCCCCAAUCAGCGCUGAUGUAGGAGGAGAAGAAGUGAAAACCGGAAGCCAAGACUUUGAGUUUGUUUUUUGGACAAACUCUAAAGUUUGCAAACUGUUCCAACACCUCCCUCUGUAUACCUGUAUGUCUCUGAGCUUCUGUACUGGGACAUAAUUAAAAUGACAGUAAAAACCAUCAUGAGCGUACACUCACAUCUUCAAUCCAGCUGCGGUGGCCGUGGUUACGAGAAUCGAGAGGUGCACGACCAACGCCACAAAGACCGUGUCCUUCAACAGAUGAUGUCACGCCAAAAUUGGCACGCAAAACCCACGAAAGGGAGAGCAUAAUUGGGCCAUUAGACAGGAAGACCCAGAAAGCACCGCAGAGGAGGAAACUCGUUCUGUGGUGACAGACUAAAGGCCACCAUUCCCUGCAGAGUGUUAUUGGCAAAUAUUAAAAAUUGCGAUUUUAUUUAUUUUUAAUCUGUUCACUUACAUUUAAGCACCUGAAAAUAAGUGACCUUGUAUACGAAUGGCUGUAAUUUCUCAAAAGUUAAGGGAGUGCUUUUGUUGUAUGACAGCUGCUUUCUAAAUGAUGCAUUGCCAUGACACCACCAUACAGUAUCAGCUCAUUACAACAAAGGCUUUUCAUUUGUACAGUUCUGAGAAAACAUCAUAAAACCUUUGGAACUGGAAUUGGAAUAUUAUCCGAUGUUCAUUGAAGUUACAGUUAUAUACAAACUCAAUCUGACCACCCCAAUAGUAAAAAAAAAAACAGUUUUGACCUUCUUUGUACCUCCAUGAGUGGUAGUGAUAAACCCAUCCAGCAAUCUUUCACAGUCGUGCCUGGAAAAACCAAGUGAACCUCUGCUGCUAAUUACUUUGACAAAAACAGCAGUGGGAGUUAAAAGUGGAGGUUAUACAGGUGCCCCUCCCUAUAAUUUACUGACUGUCUGUACUUUAAAGGAGUUCGAACCAGUCCUCAGUCACAACAACUUUCACUGGACCUCAGAAGAGAAGGAUCACAAAGACAAGAGUAGCACCACAACACCUGGAGACAUUUCUGUGGCUAGAUAACAUCCUAUAGUUUUAAAAGACCACCUGGAUAUUUCACAACACUUCUAGGACACUUUUCUGUGGACAGAAAAUCCCUGGAGGAAAAAAACUGAAAGUAAAAGGGACUCUGCAGGCACAUAACAUAACCUCAGCUCAACUGUGAAGCAAGGCGGAGGGAGCAACAUGGUUUCAGCUGCUUUCCUACCUCAGGGCCUGGAUGGGUUUCAAUCAUUAGGAGAGCAAUGAAUUCAAAAAAAAUGUCGUUGGCAGGAGAGGUUUAGUGUUGCUGAACUAAACCAGUCACAUAAAAGGGAGUGGUCCAGAAAUGUGUCAUCAUUGUUGCCUAAGCCUCAUAAUCAGCUACAGGAAACGUCUGAUUAAAGGUGUUUCUGGUAAAAAAAAAAAAAAGGUUCUAGACAUUACUAAAUUCAGACGUUCACGUACUUUUUCCAGCUUGCACUUAAAGUUAUUACAUUAUGUUCACAUAUUAUUCAGUUAUUAUGUGUUUGUGUGUUUGACUGUUACUGCAACACCAAUAACGAUCAGUACUCAGACCACAUUUUAUUUUAUGUGGUCUAAUAGAAAACUUCUCGCAACUGUAGGUUUAAUGCAGAUGUUCCAAGAUCAGUGUACAGCUUGCUUUGAUGCAGUCAGGUUAAAGCUUUACAUUUCACAUUUAUAUGAUAAUCUACAUAUAAUUUCUAACCUAAAUCUUCCAAACUCAUCGCAAAGAAAACUUUCAGCUCCGCGUCGCUUUCUCUGUCCUCCUCCCGCCUUUUUGAAAAAUUUAGAGCAGCAGGGUUUUGGGUCUAAUUUUGUUUUUCAAUCUCAAAUUUGCUACAGCCCCACCUGUCAGGCUUCAAAAACAAAAAAUUAAACCGCUCAGAAACAGGAAGUGUGGUUGCACUGAUGUAACAGAGCACCGGAAGUCUAACUCCUCCUGCUUGAACGCAGCCUUUUACAACAGGUUCAACCUACACGAAAAACUGCGAGGGAGGGCUGCUGCUCUGCAUAUUUCAAAAGUUUGAAUCUGUGAUGUUAGGCUUGUGUGGGAGUGUGUGAACGUAAGUGCUGGCAUGCACUUGUGAUACUAACAUCAGGGCCAAGGAUAUACAGACGAAGCGCCGAAUGUUACUGUGUGUAUAGGGACGUAACUACUUAUUAAAACAUGCUACAUUAAAUUAAAAAGUGAAGUCUAACCUUCACAUCUUUCAGGCUUAUUCAAAUUGAGAGUCUAUAAAGUUUUCAUAAACGUAUUAAAAACACAAGUAUAACUGUGUCCUAGUUUCACAUGCUUAGCAUUAUCAGUAUUAAAGUUCUCAGUAUGUAAGAGUUCGGGAAAAAAUGGCAACUUCAAGUAAAAUGAAGAUUAUUCUCAAAAAGGAUGAAAGAAAUCGAAAUUUAUGUAGUAAUAGCUCAAAAAAGUAAGUGGUUAGAUCAUUUCUACCCAAUGGUCUAUGAUUCAGAAACUGCUGUAUGUGUGAUAGAGAAAACUGUCAGGGAUUAACAUGUGGAAUAACUGCUGGGUUUCUUCACCCUGUGUGAUACCACGCUGACUAGUUCAGUGGUUUAAAUGGAAAUUUAAUGGUAUAAGUAACGGAAUCUAUACAGCCACUCAAACUAACGUAAUGUGAACAAACCAAGCAAGUUCAAAGAGGCCACAACAUUUCCGAGAGUAAAGUUAUACCUGGUUUACUAAAAGUGUGCAGUAUUUUAGUACCUGGUAAAUCAGUUUUGUUUUUUGUUGUUGUUUUGUUUUUUUUAAGAAAUGGCUCAUGAAAUACUGUAAUUGUGGCUUCUGAGCUGCCAAAUAGUUUGACAUUUUGUGCAUAACAAAUUUAUAUUUUUGUUUCCCUCCAUGAUGGUAAGCCUAAUGUUUAUUCUCCUUUUAGUUCGAACUGUCUGGGGAAUAUAUAUCUUUAGCUUCAGCAUUAUACUUUUAUAAUGCACAGACUUUGGGGGUGUAGAUUUUCCCAGAAACUGGCUGCUUUUUUUAUAUUUUGCAAUGGGAGUAUUUUUACAAAAAUGCACGAUGGGGGGCACUGACGGAGGGGGCUUCACACUGGGAGUACCUGGAGUUUGGAAGAGUGUAUUUGCGACAACAGCCACUUACUCAAAAGGCAAGUUAACAUGGCUUGGAUUAGCAUGUGGUAUGAGCCAAGGUAGCUGCAUGCCAUUAAACUGUGUUCGCAUAGAGUAGCAUUGUAUCAAACGUACCUCAAACAUGCACUAUUAAAAAGCUUUCAUUCUUUUGUGUUGACUUUCACGUCUAUUUUACUUAUAGCCUAGCACUAGAGACGUGAAGGAUGCCCACCUUGGUUUAAAACUAAAACUGCAUUCAUUACAGCUAUUCGCUGACACUGGGGGAGGGGCGGGUCAAACAGAGCAACCAAACAGAGAAAGCCCUCACGCUUUCAGCUGGUUUUAUGUACAGUUUUUGAAUCCUCCACCUGAUGAUGCCGGUCAGGUGUUAAGUUUGUAGUCCAGUGUGGUAUUUAAGGACUGUGCUGAAAGCGAUCAGCAGAUGUGACCAAAGUACAAAACAUUGGACAAAAGUUGCCUCUUAAAACAAUGCGAUAAGCUGAAAGAUGCAAAAAUGCCUUACUGUCAAGCUGAAUGAUAAUUAUAUGAUACACGGUUGAUUAGAAAUCAAACAUUUUUUUGAUUUGUUGAGUUAAAAGGACCCAACAGGAAUGGAUGUGCCAUCUCUUCCAUGUUGUCAUUACUGUCCUACAUCAUACAUAGCAGGAAUUUAUUCUGAUCUUCAGUGACCGGACCUGUGAAACUGCAUGAUAAACCUGUUAAAUUACAGAAAAAGUUAUGACUGUUCACAGACUGUUAUAAAAUACAAUGUUUUUGUUAUUUUAAUGCUGGUAUUUAAUUUUUUAUGUCUCAGUUAACUUUUCGGGUGAAGUAUGAAAAUGUCAAUUAAAAGUUCAAAAUUUAUACUGGUUCACAUUUCUAAAUCUGUCCAAUGUCAUCACCGGGCUGAUUUCGGCCCCCGGGCUAAGCUUCCGUUAGCUAGUUCGAUUUGUUCAACUCAAAUUCUAAUUCUGCAUGAAACACCUCAUGCUUUACUUUGGGAGCUAAAAAGUUAAAAAAUUCUCUCUGUUAAGAUGUUGAACUACGCUGACGCAGUGUACACAAGUUCACAUGACGCUACUUAAGCACAGUAAGCUUUACAGUAAAGAAUGAUGAUGAAUAUUGCAGACUCAGGCGCAUGCUGUCAUAUAUUCCACAUCUGCGUUUAGUAUUUCAGCUCUAUUAAUAGUCCCUGUCUUCUCUCCACCACUGGGACUGACAUUGACACACAAACACACACACACAAACACACACACAGAGCUCUUCAGCAGGUCUCAAAUGUCACAUCGGCCUUGACCAAGUCGAAGACACUGCAGCGGUCGCAGAGGAAGUGAUUUAUAGGUUCUUUAAAGUGUCAGGGGUGGAAAGAAAAAACUCCCUGCCUCCUCCCCUCUGCUAGCCCAUCUUUCCUGUGGAGGAAGAGGGGCAGUCGGUGCAUGCUGCAGUGGAGGAGAGGUGGUUCACACCAGUGCACGAGCUCUCAAAGCUCACAAAUCUCAUCUAUUUAUCAUCUAUUCAAACUAAGAGGACUUCAUCCGGUGCGCAUCUGUGGAGGCUGUUUGGAUAUUUGAGCAGCGGUCAGACGGUAAAAGUCUGCAGACAUGUCGCCUUUCCUGCGGAUCGGAUUUUCCCACUUUGAGAUUGAUCCGGGUCUGGCUUAUCAUGAGGAGGUGCUGAACCCAUACUGUGCUGUUUAUAUGAAGGAGGCCGUUGACACAGAGAAGGGUCAAGUGUACAAGCAGAAGAAGCCCACCAUGUAUCCGCCCUGGAGCACCACAUUCGAUGCCCACGUCCACCGCGGGCGCAUCAUGCAUGUGAUGGUAAAAGACCGGACAGCCGAGCUCAAGUCUGAGGCCACGGUAGCUCUGGACUCGCUGGCAACGCGGUGCAAAAAGGAGAACGGCAAGCUGGAGAUUUGGUUGGAGCUGAAGCCGCAGGGACGCAUGCUCAUGGAGGCUAGAUAUUAUCUGGAGAAAAGUGAUGCUGUGGGUCACACAGACGGAGACCCGGAGUCCGAGCGUGAGAGAGAGGGUCUGUUCACCCUCCACCAGCGGCGCGGCGCCAUAAAGCAGGCCAAAGUUCACGUGGUCAAGUGUCACGAGUUUAGCGCGACGUUCUUUCCUCAGCCAACCUUCUGCUCUGUAUGCAAAGAGUUUGUUUGGGGUCUUAACAAGCAGGGUUACCAGUGCAGACAGUGCAAUGCAGCAAUCCACAAAAAAUGCAUAGACAAAGUUAUCGCCAAAUGCACUGGUUCAGCCAUAAACAGCAAGGAAACAAUGAUCCACAAGGAGCGCUUCAAGAUCGACAUGCCUCACAGGUUUAAAGUCUACAACUACAAAAGUCCCACCUUCUGCGAGCACUGCGGGACUCUGCUGUGGGGGCUCGCCAAGCAGGGGCUCAAAUGUGAGGAAUGCAGCAUGAACGUCCACCAUAAAUGCCAAAAGAAAGUGGCUAACCUCUGCGGGGUCAACCAGAAACUGAUGGCUGAAGCUCUGGCAGUCAUCGAGAGCAAGCAGCAGGCGAGAAGUACCAGAGACAGUGACAUUAUUGGUCGGGAAGGUCCAGUAAGUGUUGCCCAGCCGGGAGUGGUGCGAGCACCAUCCGGGCUAGUUAUGGGUUUACCAGCCACAGCUACACCUGCAAGCAAAGCAGAUUAUCAGGGUGUUUCAUGGGAGGGACCAGGAGAUGUCAGCAGGUCGGUCAGCGAGGUGCUUCCAGAAGAGCCUCUGUACGCUGUCCCGAGGAAAGAUCACCAACCCAAAUUUACCAUCGACGACUUCACCCUGCACAAGAUGCUCGGGAAAGGCAGCUUUGGCAAGGUGUUUCUAGCAGAGCUGAAAAGGAGCGGUGAAUUUUUUGCAGUAAAAGCUCUAAAGAAAGACGUGGUGCUGAUGGAUGAUGAUGUUGAGUGCACCAUGGUAGAGAGGAGGGUUUUGUCUCUAGCCUGGGAAAAUCCCUUCCUUACACAUCUUUACUGCACCUUCCAAACUAAGGAAAACCUGUUCUUCGUCAUGGAGUAUCUGAAUGGAGGGGAUCUUAUGUUCCACAUCCAAAACUGCCACAAGUUUGACUUGCACAGAGCCACCUUCUAUGCAGCUGAGAUCAUCUGUGGGCUCCAGUUUCUGCACUCUAAAGGAAUUAUUUACAGAGAUCUGAAACUGGACAACGUGCUGCUGGACUUAGAUGGUCAUAUAAAGAUAGCAGACUUUGGCAUGUGUAAGGAGAACAUGCAGGAUGACGUACGGACCUCCACCUUCUGCGGGACCCCAGACUACAUCGCCCCAGAGAUCCUGCUGGGUCAGAAGUACAACAGCUCUGUGGACUGGUGGUCAUUCGGAGUGCUGCUGUACGAGAUGCUGAUCGGUCAGUCUCCGUUCCACGGCCGCGAUGAAGAGGAGCUGUUUCAGUCCAUACGGACAGACACCCCCAUUUAUCCCAACUGGCUCAGCAAAGCUGCAAAGGACAUACUCAUCAAGCUGUUUGUGAGGGAACCUGAGGAGCGGCUGGGAACCAAAGGCAACAUCAGACAUCACAGUUUCUUCAGCAGCACAGACUGGAACGCCUUAGAGCAACGGCAGGUGCCGGCACCCUUCACACCAACUAUAACCUCACCCAGCGACUGCAGUAAUUUCGACAAAGAGUUUAUCAACGAGAAGCCCAGACUAUCGUGUGCUGACCGCACGCUUAUCAACAGCGUAGACCAGACGAUGUUCAGAAACUUCUCCUUCGUUAAUCCUGGCAUGGUUCGGAUCGCAGCACGCUGACCACCGGACAAAAAAUGGCUACAAUCUACAAACAGGCUGCUCAGUCACAACCAGCAGUGACUGUAACUGGAACCUACUGUAGAACCCGAAUGUGGCAAAACUCACAUACAUGAUGAUGCUAACCACUAAAGGGGUAUAAACCGAUACAACCAAACUGUGACCGGAUCUUUAACUUUCACACAAAUACCUUUAAAAUGUACCUGUAGUCAACUUUGAUACUUUAGAGUUUAGUUGACUAAAGGCAUACAUUUUCUUACAGUAUUAUUCUAACAGCAUGCAGUUGGUUUGGUUUUAUUCUGUCAUAAAACUAUUCACACAUUGCACACUUGUGCAAAUAUGUGCAAAUAUUCAAAAAAAAAAAAAAAGAAAGAAAGAGAGAAAGUGUGCAUCUUCCAUGUCUCGAGGCAUGUACUGUGAAGCUAGAUUUGGGACUUAGCGAGGUAACUUCAGGCUUAAGUCUAGUUUAUAUGGAGUCAGGAAGCCAGUUCUCAUCUUACCAAAGCCAGAUGAUACAAACCUAACCUGCUCCGGAGCAUGUUACAUUUGGGACUCAUCACUUCCUGUAAAAAAGCACCACUAUUUCUGGAAGAGCCCUCGUACUAAUUAUUUUUACUCAUAUUUCUUGU